AACUUGCCGCGACGAGAAAACGGUGGGGCUCAGUAGCAAAACAAGUUUGAGAAGAGAAGCAUGAUGUUGAGAGUUUAUCCAGAAAUUUGUCUCUAGUUUAGUGCCUUCCAAGAAUAUUUCCAGUCCCAAAACGGAGUCAACAACUGAUUAAAAGCAAUUACGGCGCUUGCGAUAAUUUUACUAUCAUUCAUUCAUAGCCACAACAAGUGAUUAGUGACUUUUUUAGACUAAACAUGUGGAAAGUUGCGCUUUUUUCGACGCUGGUGACGGCGUUCUUCUUCAUCCACCAGGCCCGGACGUGCAACGAGGCGGUGUGUGGCAGCAUAGUCAGCAAGUGCCUUCUGACGCAGUCCUGCAAGUGCGACUUUUCCUUCGAAAACUGCACCUGCUGCAAGGACUGCUUCAACUGUCUCAGCUACCUCUAUGCCGAGUGCUGCUCUUGCGUUGACAUGUGUCCGAAACCAAACGACACCGAGGGCGCCCUCAGCAAAAAAUCCAACGUUGAGGACUUCAGUGAGCCCGUCCCUGGGCUUUUUAACGUUUUGACCGAAUAUCCGGAUAGUGAGCGACGAUGGAACAGCACUACCUUCCCCAUUGAUAUCGAUACGAGUCAAUACGGACCGAAGAAAGAAAUCAAAAUUCAUAUGCAAAGUGCCGAGCAAGAGGUGGCCCCCAUCAAAACCAACGUUAUCACUCUUAAUUGCACGGUUGCCUUCAUGUCAAAAUGUAUGAGCUUGACCAAGUGCAGGUCCAGCUGCCAGACUAUGGGGGCUUCCAGCUAUCGCUGGUUUCACGAUGGGUGCUGCGAGUGCGUGGGGCAACACUGCAUCAAUUAUGGGAUAAAUGAGAGCAGGUGUCGCGAAUGCCCGUUGAAAGACGAGAAUGAGCUUUCAGAGGAAGAAUUCGAUGUCGACGAUUAUGACUAUGGCCAGAAUUCGGAAGAUUUCGAAUAAUAAAAAUACAUACAGACUGAAUCAACAGUAACGUACAAAAUUAAUAUUUUUGUAAUGACAAUGGGACAUUUUUCAAAAAAAAUCCUGGAACCGGUUGAUUUAUUGUGUCAUUGGUUUUUGAGUAAUAACGUCAUUUCGUUAAAUAAUGACAACUGACAUUUUUUUUUAUUAUUUUUGAUAUUUCUACACUCUUUUAUCCCAAAUAAAAACUUUCGAUUAUUGCACACAAAAGCUUAAUGUGCAUGUUCUUAGCUAAAUUAGCAUGAAAACAAUUAAUAUAAAUAAAAGAAUAAAUAAAAAUCAAUACCACAAAACAAGAGCAGAAAAGAAAGGUAAAGUUCUUUGUGAGCAGCUAUUUUUUUACAUUUUUUACUUUAGCAUGUAUAUUUUUUUGUAAUUACCAAAAAGAUAAAGGAGCGCUCUAUCAAAAACAGUAAAUAAAAAUGUCAGCUAUCAUAUAAAACAAUAAAAAAGACGUAAUUACACAAAACAAAAAUAAGAUCGACCUGUUCAAUUUUUUUUGGAAAAUCACAAAGAUAUGAAAUUUUUAAGUGUUACUUACGUUUCAGUCUGUAUUUGAUAUAAUACAGUGAUCAAGACUGAGAGCAUUUUAAUUUCCGGUGACUACUACAAUGCAACCGGAAAUAAUGUUCCCUGGCCAAUAUGUGACGUAACAGUUACGUGCUGUGAACAACCAGUUCAGUAUUGCCAACCCAAACAGUCAUUCUUGAUCAUUCUGUAUCUUGUAUAUUAAUACUGUAGGAUAGAGUAGGACAUUUGAUUAAAGAUAAUAGGCAUCCAAACGCUUUAAAUUAAAGACUUAAUGAAAUUGGGAAACUUUCAACUUGUUUUAUAAGUUAUUCAGAUUUUAUAUAGAAAAAAUAGACGUGUUAUAUACUAAUACUUGUACAUUUUAUUAUCAGUAUAAAAUUUUAAUAUAGGUAAUAAAACAUUUGGUAAAAAAUAAA